AUGAGCGAUGAACCUGAUACGAGUGCUGUGGCCCACGACUCGCAAAAUCAACCGCCGGACGAUGAUGCCCAGGGUACCCAGGAUGCCCGUCCAGCAACUCCGCCUGCGGAGGAGCCCACGGCCGAGCUUCAGACCGCUGCGUCGUCAGAAGGGCACAAGGAAGAAGAGGGAGAUGAGAAGAAGCCUGCACGAGAAGAAACUGCCUUGCAUCGCGCCUUGCGAGAACUCGAGUCUGAUGACGAGAAAUCGCCAAAGCUCGACAAGCUUGAAGGUGAAUGGAAGGGCAUGAUCAACGUUCAUUCUUCAGAAUACCCCUAUCAAACGCCUCUGCACAUUGCGCUUAUGCAAAAUUUCCCCAAGAUUGCUGAGCGGCUCAUCAGUCUUGGCGCCGAUUUCACAAGUGAGGAUUGCAAAGAUGCUGAUGAAUGGUACCCGAUCCAUUACGCGGCCCGGGAUGGUUCAAAGGAGUUAUUAAAACUCUUCCUCGACCCUCCGGAAACCCUCAAUAAACAGGAGAGCAAUGCAUCUUGGACGCCACUCAAUGUGGCCGUCUACUUCGAACAGGAGAAUGCGGUCAGAAUUCUGUUGGAGAAAGGCGCAGAUCUUGAACUCCCGGAUUCGGACGGUUGGACGCCAUUAAUGACGGCUGUCAAGGGGCGCUCCUACGACAUUUUCGACUGCCUGCUUCGUAAACUUGAGGAGGAAAGUGGCCAAACUAAGAAAGAAAUCAUAAACCAAGCGGACAAGGAGGAAACGACAGUCCUUAUGGCACUAUGUGUUGUCAAGACGGACAACGCCCAGAGAGCACGAAUAUCUUUGGACAAACUCCUCAAAGCAAUCCCAGAUCUCGAUUACAGCUCUAAGGACUGCGAUGGUCGAACAGUGCUUCACCAUAUCAUGCUCUCGGCCAAGAACUAUCCCAAUGACAAAAACAUCCGCGCUAUGGCUGAAUCAGUCAUUAAGAGUGUUCCUGAGAAAGCUCUCCUCCUACAAAACAAUGAGGGAAAGACGGCGCUUGAAGAUGGUUCCGACAGUGAAACCGGCAAUGACUUAUCCAAAAAACCCCUUCGAGGCUUCUUGGAACAAGUAAUCGAACGGCUUAAAGGCGAGGAAGACGACAGAGAGACUCUACUGUGCUGGCUCGUAUCACGAAAAGAUGGUGAGAGUUUCGCCAAAUCCAUCCUCGUCGGCCCGGAACCCCCAAGGGGACUACCUCGAGUGCUUUUGGAGUGCAAAGUCGAAGAGGAUGACAAAAAAGAAGCAAAGAACUUGAUUGAUUCUCUCAGGAAAGAGCUCGAAAAGGCUGAGCCCACCACCGGGAAGGAUUUAAGUCCCCAACGACAAAGUAGAAAGGGUGAGGCGGAGAGCUCUAAUAUAACGAAGCAGGGCGGUACCAAGAGCCAAAAAUUCGUAAAGAAGCCAACCGAGACGAAAUUGCAACUCGGUAUCCUCGACAAAAUGGAGGCUAUUCUUAACUACGACACUGACUACACCAACGUUAAGACGAUACAAAGAGUCCGAGACCCCCUCAAGGUUUCGAAGCUUGAGGACCCCUUGAAGGGAGAACGAAGACAUUUGAAAGCCGCUAUCAUAUCAAUCUGGCAAGACAACAUUAAAGUCAGUAGACACGUCCAGACUCAAAGUGUCCACGGCACUGUGUACGACACGUUCAAAUCUAUCAAGACAUUCAGCGAUACGAUGAACGAGAUACAAAGAUCCAAUCCUCACAACAUCAAUGCGUCUACCCAGUAUUGGCUUCCUGGGACAGAGAGCAACUUCACAUGGAUUCACCUCCCAGCAACUAACAUGACCUGGAUGAUUGACACGAUGAACAAGAUAUUGAACCCCACCCAAUCCGAUAACUUGGACGACAACAAGGAAGAUGAUCACAUUGCGUUCUUCUUGCGCACUAGUGGGGUUGAAAUUCCUGAUAAAUCAUCCCCCUCGCGAUUCAUGCAGCCUCGAUACGUCAAGAAGCACAUGUGGCCAGAGAAAACAGCUGCAACAGGUUCGGAAACCAAGACCGGAAUGGGCGGGAAGAAAGGGGGCGAGAACAGUGCUUCUGAGUGCAUGGCUUCGGCACUUUACGUACAAAACGACAAUCUCGACUUUUCAGUGUCAGAGUCUAAUACCAUUCGUUACCAGAUGCCAUUCUUCGAGCUGGGAUUCUACAGAAACCCUGCAGACAGAUACGAGGCCGGCGCCAACGUAACCACUGCUGCAGUCAACGGAGCCAGAGCCGCGACCACCGCGGCCAAUGCCGCCGCAAGUGAGACUAAAUCUAGGACGACACCACCGGUGCAUUAUUCUCCUACGCUGGACGAGCACUACUACCAUUUCGCCAAGGAAGAUGUAGCGUCUCACGAGGACAGAGACUUGAGAAACGAAAACCAAGUAGUUACGAAAUACCUACAUCCGAAUGGCUUAGACAACCUUUCCAAAUGGCAAGUCAUCCGGGUCAACCAGCUAUGGGCUUGGACCAUUCGCGAUAAGUGGUUAAUUACAUCCACCUCCUUCGCAGAGUUGGACACAAGAGUCCAUGUCCGAAUAGGAAGCAACGCAUUUUUUCAACAUAUCCUUGAACGAUUGUUCGAUCGAGCUGAAACGGAUUCCGACAGUGGACCGCGCACCCCCAUCGAAUUGAGCCAAUUCAUUGUUGAAAGCUGCAUCGGGGCCUAUAGGAAAGACCGCGAAGAUAUAAGUCGGCACCAGGGCAACAUUGGCAAGAACUCUGCAGAUUCUGAAUUGGAAAACCGGUCAAUUCGUCAGAUCUUCUCCAAUUCUAUCAACAAAAUUGGAAGACAAGAAGCCGAGCUUUUCCGCAACUUGGCUGGCCUGAAGAGUGGCCCAAAGAACCAGAAGAAUUCUUCAAAAGAAUCGAAGCGGAAAAGGGCCAACAACACAAGUCUACCCAGUUUUGAAACAAAUACAAGGAAAGCUGCCAGGCUUCUGUUCGAAAUCAGGGAUGUUCGUGACGAGCUGAACAUUCUCAGAACCAUCGCCAGAUAUCAACAAAAGGUGCAAGUCGACUUGAACGGUGCUGUGCCCCGUGUUCCCGAUGCUCAAACAGCCGAUUGGGACGAGGAUGGAACGGCCAAAAACGUUCAGAACGACAUCGAAGAACUCGACAAGCUUGCCAAGAGAACUGAAGAAGCCUUGAACACAACAAUCACAAUAUAUGAGAGCGAAAUUGCGAAUCUACAGGCAACCGAAGCUGCAGAACAGGGGAAAAGGGUAAUGGUGUUCACCCUCGUCACCGUCUUCUUUUUGCCUCUCUCGUUUCUCAGCUCCUUAUUUGCGUUGGACGUGAACUCGUUCCUUGACGCGCCCUGGUGGUCUCUGGUAGUAAUCUUCGUGGUGCCUCUGCCCUUUCUUCAUGCUGCCAAUGGCCACGUGAACGAUCGAGAUCCUUUUACUCUUUACUUGACGAGCAAGAAAAAGGGAGAUGACUCUGCAAGAGUGGAGAAAGGGAAUGACUCUGCAGAAAUGAAGAAAGGAGAUGAACCUACGGAAACGAAGCAAAAUCUGUUCCACAGACUCGCCCGAAAGCGUGGGAACAAGGAUACGGCAGACGCAUCCCAUGUCUAG